UGGGAAUUGAGUUUUUUCAAUUAAUAAACUGACAUUGCGUAAAGAUAAACACAAAAUGGAAUGUAAACGUCAUUUGUGUGCUGUAAAAUUUAUGUUGUGAUUUGAUUUUACAAAAUAAAAUAAGGUUUUUUACGACCUGGGUGGAGAACGAUAAGUGUGCGACGUUAAUCUUCUUUUUUAAGUAACUGAUGUUUUCACAAAAUGAAUUGGUUCGAUACCUCGGGGCUAACGAACUUAGCCAAGUCAGCACUGAAAGAAGCCCAGAAAACUAUCGAUAAAGCGUUAGAUAUUCAGGAUGAUAGUAAUGAGGAGCAGGAAGAUGAGGUAGAGGGUCCAUCAACAUCUAAAUCAUCGCCAAGUACGAGUAACACACCUCAACAGGAUAACUCCGAUUUUUUUUCCUCUUGGGGUCUCACAGUCAGUGCCGAAAGCGGAGAAACCGAUGCCAUAAAAGAGCAGCCCGUAGUGACCGAAAGCCCCUCAAAAUCAAAUCCUCAAAGUCUGUGGGGAUCUUUCGCUGGCUCAUUCUUUGAACAGCCAAAAACGGAUACGAUUGUCCGACCUCCUAAAGCGAAGUCCAUGAAUGUUAUUGCGGGCAAAUAUGACAGUCAGGAUGAUUUGUUUUCAAAAAGCCAGCUUGUUAUGUCUGAUGGUGCCGAGUGUCUUAAUUUAAACAAAGAGGAAUCAAAGAAGUUAGAUGAGAGACGUAAUUCCUCCAUGUCAAAUGUGCUGUCAUUUAUGUCUAGUAGAAAUAGUUCUGACUCAGUCGAAGUAUUGUCACAAAGUUUAAAGUCUACACCAGACUCUGAGGCGGCAUCGUGCCAGUCUGUGUCUCACAGUAGCAGUAUGGGCUUAAAACUUAAUUCUGAGUCUGUAGAAAUAUUGCCCGAUAGCCUCAUAAGCCCUAGUUCAAUUGAAUGUCUAGGCUUUGAUAGCUAUGCUAGUGAUAAAAACAGCAGUGCUUCUUCAAAUUUCUCACCUGGUGAUAUGUCUGAUAAGAAAUCUACUCCGAUCGGAGAAAGAACUGAAAGGGCAGAAACUGCAGAUAGUGUCAGCCUAGUUGCUGAUGAUGAUGAAGAUACAAUGUCCUAUAAUUCUAUAUCUGAAUGCACUGCUCCCACAGUACUUGAUACGGAGGACAAACCUGUAAGUCCUUUCCCUAAAACUAAUAGAAUGGAUCCAAGAAGAGGCAAUGAGAAGGAAGUUACACUUUUAGAACAACCUAUCCUCCCUCACAGGAUGCAAAUCAGUGAAAACUCUUCCAAUGACGGUUCAUGGUCUGACAGAACCUUAAAUGCUGACAAUGACAGUAUUACUCUUGAAAAUUCUGCUGAAGAACAUAAGAAGGAUGUUGAACCAGAGGAUAUAUUUAUUGAGAAGCUGAGUGACUCUUCUUCAUUUUAUAAUGUCAAUGUGACAAGUGAUUUUUUGAGAUCUGAGAGCUCAGCUUUUGUCAAUGUUGAGAAAAAGCAGUGUAGUCCACCUGAAAGCAAUGAAUCGUCCCAAAAGGAAGCCAGUAUAAAGGAGAGAAUAUCACCAGUCAGCUCUGAUAGUAAAAGUGAUUUAGUUAAGAUUGGUUCAGAAAGAACAUCAGGACACACAUCAGGUGAUGAAUUGGAGACUGCCACAUCAUCAGAUAUAGAAAUCAUUCCAAGUCCCAAUGGAGACAGUAGCAAUGGCUGCAGAAAUAGCCCCGGAAAGUAUGGUUUCAAGCAGAAACUAGAUGGUGCAAUUUCUCCUAACCUUGUAGAUUUAGUAUUAGGUAAAAAUUUAGCUACUAAAAUCCGGGGUCACACCAGGGAGUUAUCCGAAGCUUCAGUGCAAAGUAACACCAGUGACGAAAGCCAAUGUUCAGAAAAUGAUCGCCUAAUGCGAAGACUGUGUGAGAUGGCUGAGAUAUUAGAUGCGAGAGAGAAUAGACUGAUGGAAGUAAGUAGAAGUAAUGCUGAACUAGCGGAGAGCAAUGCAAGCUUGAAGAGUCAAGUGGAGUCUUUGUUGGUUAAACAUGAAGGGGGAGAUAUAAACACUAUUACUGAAGACUACACACAGAGAAUGUCAGCUCUUGAGAAGAAAUUUCAACAAGCAAUUAGAGAAAAGGAUCAAUUGCGGAAACAGCUGGAUAAUGUCAAGAUAGAUAUGACUCGAAAGAAUUCAUCAGAUUUGGAGAACUCCUUGAAGGAGAAAGACGAGAUAAUAGCACAGCUCCACGAGGAAGGGGAAAAACUAGCCAGACAUGAGCUACAGCAUUCAAAUAUCAUCAAAAAGCUUAGGGCUAAGGAGAAGGAUAAUGAGCAGGUCAUCAAGGGGCUCCGGGAUAAGAUAGCCGAGCAGACCGCCGAACUGGACCGCGUAAAGCGUUCCAUGGCCGCCAAGGAGGAGCUGGAAGUGAACCAGAUCGAGGCGGUGUACCGGCUGACCACGGCCAACAAGAAGUUGGAAGCUGAACUUGCUGAGAGCCGCAGCGCGCUGGACGACGCCUCGCAGAAGCUGGAGGGCACGCGCACCGCGCGGGACGCCCUCAAGCGGGAGGCGGCCGACCUGCGCCGCGACGCCGCCGAGCUGCGCCGCCAGCGGGACGCGCACGCGCACCUCGGCGCCGCCGCCGAGCGCGCCGCGCGCGACGCCGCCCUGCUGCGCGACGAGCUGCGCCAGCUGCGCGCCGAGCGCGCCCGAGAGGAGCAGCGCUGGGUGGCGCGCGAGGAGGCGCUGCGGCGCGAGGCGGCCGAGGCGCGCGAGGCGAGCGAGGCGCAGGCGGACGCCGAGGCGCCGGCCGCGCUGCUGCAGCAGCUGGCGGCGCUGCAGCGCGCGGCGCUCGAGCGGGAGCGCGCGCACGCCGGGGCCGCCGCCGCGCUGGCCGCGCAGCUGGAGGAGGCGCGGCGGCGGGCGGCGGCGGCGGCCGAGAGCGAGCGCGCGGGUCGCGCCGAGGCGGCGGCGCUGGCGGAGCGGGCGGAGGCGGCGCGGGCGGAGCUGCGGCGCGCCGAGCAGGCGCUGCAGCAGCUGCGGGACGGGGCCGCCGCCGAGCGCGCCGAGCUGGCGGCGCUGCGGGAGCGCCUGCGCGAAAAGGAGAGCGAGUCGGAGCGCCUCCGCUCGGAGAGCGAGGGGGAGCUGGCGGGGUUGCGCGCGAGGGUGAGCGAGCUGGAGGCGCAGCUGGCGGACGAGCGCGCCGCACUCGACACCGAGAAGAAACGAAAUGCUAUUCUACAGGAGCAGGUGUCGUCCCGCGGGGACGCCUCCCCCGCGCACUCCGUGGCCUCCGACAGCUUCUCCACCUCCUUCUGGCAGACCGAGGAGGGGCACGCGGUGGCGGGCGGCGGCGCGGCGGGCGCGGGGGGCGCGGCGGGCGCGGGCGGCGUGGUGGGCGUGGAGGAGGCGCUGGCGGCGCUCACGCGGCGCGAAGGCGAGCGGCGCACGGCGGGCGCGGCGCUGGCGGCGCUGCGGGCCGAGCGCGCCGCGCUCACGGGCCGCCUGGCGCGCCUGCAGGACGAGCUGGCCGACUACCAGAACGUCCAGGAGCAGUACGACGCGCUGCUGCAGAUGUACGGCGAGAAGGAGGAGCAGCUGGCGGAGCUGCGGCUGGACCUGCACGACGUCACGCAGUUCUACAAAGCGCAGCUGGACGAGCUCGUGCGUCUCAAGCGACUCGCGCGAUAGCACGCGGGCCCGCCGCCGCCGGCCGGCGCCGCCGGGCCCGCAUUUUCCGA